AUGGGAGUGGAGGAGCAGGGGAAGAAGAAUGGCGGCGAUGGGGGUGGGAGGACGAACAAGUACGCUGUCGCCUGCUCCGUCAUCGGCUCCAUCAUCUCCAUCCUCAUGGGCUACGACACCGGCGUGAUGAGCGGCGCGAUGCUGUUCAUCAAGGAGGACCUCGGGACCAACGACACGCAGGUGCAGGCCCUCGCCGGCAUCCUCAACGUCUGCGCGCUCGCCGGCUCCCUCACCGCCGGCCGCGUCUCCGACUGGGUGGGGCGCCGCCGCACCAUCUCGCUCGCAGCCUGCAUCUUCCUCGCGGGCUCCGUCCUCAUGGGCCUCUCGCCCAACUUCGCCACGCUCCUGGCCGGCCGCUGCGUCGCCGGCGUCGGCGUCGGCUACGCGCUCAUGAUCGCGCCCGUCUACGCCGCCGAGAUCGCGUCCGCGGACAUCCGCGGCUCGCUCACCUCGCUCCCCGAGAUCUGCAUCAGCUUCGGCAUCCUCAUUGGCUACGUGUCCAACUACUUCCUCGCCAAGCUGCCGCUGGUCUACGGCUGGCGCACCAUGCUGGGGCUCGGCGCGCUCCCCAGCGCCGUGCUCGCCCUCGGCGUCCUGGCCAUGCCGGAGUCGCCCCGGUGGCUCGUCAUGCAGGCCCGCCCGGACGAGGCGCUCGCGGUCCUCCGGAAGGUCUGCAACACGGCGGGAGAGGCCGACGUGCGGCUCGCGGACAUCAAGAGCGCGGCCGGGUUCGUCGAGGGAGACGACGCGUCCGCGCCCGCGACCGGCAGCGGCGGCAAAGGCGUGUUGAAGGAGAUGUUCAUACACCCGACGCCGACCGUCCGUCGCGUCCUCGUGGCCGGCCUGGGCAUCCACUUCUUCCAGCACCUGAGCGGGAUCGAGGCCGUGGUCCUCUACAGCCCGCGGAUCUUCAAGGCGGCCGGCAUCGCCACCCGCAACAAGAUCCUCGCGGCAACCAUUGGGGUGGGCGUGACGAAGACGGUGUUCAUCAUGACGGCGAUCCUGCUCGUCGACCGCGUCGGCCGGCGGCCACUCUACCUGUCCAGCCUGGCCGGCAUCGUCGCCUCGCUAACCUGCCUCGGCCUAGGCCUCACCGUCAUCGAGCACUCGCCUCACGGCCACGGCGCGCCCUGGGCGGUCGUGCUGGCCAUCACCACGGUGUUCACCUUCGUCGCCUCCUUCUCCGUCGGCGUGGGGCCCAUCACUUGGGCCUACAGCUCAGAGGUCUGGCCGCUCCGGCUGCGCGCGCAGGGCGCCAGCAUCGGCGUGGCCAUCAACCGCAUAAUGAACGCCGGCGUGUCCAUGACCUUCGUCACCCUGUACAAGGCGAUCACCAUCGGCGGCGCCUUCUUCCUCUUCGCGGGGUUGGCGGUGGUGGCUGCCACGUUCUUCUACUUCUGUUGCCCGGAGACGCAGGGGAGGCCCCUGGAGGAGAUCGAGGAGGUGUUCAGCCAGGGUUGGCACGCCCGGCGGAGGCAGCAGCCGUCGUCGUCGCCGGUGGCCGACAGCAAGGCAUAG